AUGGCGGACAGAGAGGUACAUAUGCCAGUGAUAUUCAUUGCUUCAACUUAUUAUUUUACCGCAUUCUGGUUAUCUAUUUUUGUCGCCUUUGCAACAUUCAGAAGCGCAAACACUGACAAUGUGUUCAGUGCAAGUCACACGGCUACUGUACCCAUCGCUGCUGCUCGGGAUCUACGGUACCUUUUGUAUGAUGUGAACCCCCCAGAGGGUUUCAACCUGCGGAGAGAUGUCUAUAUCCGUAUGGCCUCCCUGGUGAAAACUCUGAGGAAGGAAGGGGAUGACUGGGUUCUUGUGCUUCCCCCAUGGGGUCGCCUGUAUCACUGGCAGAGCCCCAACAUCCACCAGAUCCGCAUCCCUUGGGGAGAGUUCUUCAGCCUCACCAGCCUGCAGGCCAACGUGCCUGUCAUUGAGUAUGAGGAAUUCAUUGCAGAGAAUGGAGGCCCGUUCAUCGAUCAGGUCCUGGUGCUGCAGAACUACGCUGAGGGAUGGACUGACGGGAAAUGGGAGGAAAAAGUUGACGAGCGCCCGUGCAUUGAGAAGUUGUUGUACUCCAAAGAUAAGCAGGGCUACUACAGAGGCUGGUUUUGGGGCUUCGAGGAGACAAGAGCACGAAAUGUAACGUGUAUAUCAGCCCAAGGCCAUGCCUCCAUCAUGGCCCCAGUUCUUCAGAAAAACAUCACAGUGACCUCUGUUAUGCUUGACCGAGCCGAGACACUCCUCCAUGACCACUAUGCUGGGAAGGAUUACUGGGAUACCCGUCGCAGUAUGGUUUUUGCCAAGCACCUGCGACUCAUAGGCGAUAACUUCAGAGCAAAGUACCUGAUCUCUACAGAUGACCGAGAUCACACCUUAUACAGUGAGGACUGGACUCGCAUGAAGGCUAAGCUGGGCUCAGCAAAGGGUGGUCCAUAUCUUGGGGUUCACUUGCGCAGAAAGGACUUUAUCUGGGGUCACAGAGAGGACGUACCGAGCCUUAAGGGGGCAGUCAAAAAAAUACGCAGCCUGAUGAAGAAACACAAACUUGACAAAGUGUUUGUUGCAACAGAUGCAGAUGAGGAAGAUCUGAAGGAGCUCAACAGGCUGUUGCCAGAGAUGGUGCGGUUUGAACCAUCAACAGAGGACCUGGAGCUCCUUAAAGAUGGAGGGGUGGCCAUCAUCGACCAGUGGAUCUGUGCUCAUGCAAGAUUCUUCAUAGGUACAUCAGUGUCCACCUUCUCUUUCCGGAUCCAUGAAGAGAGGGAGAUCCUCGGUUUUAACCCCAAAACUACGUACAGUCGUUUCUGUGGGGACACUGAGAAAGAAUGUGAACAGCCUACGCACUGGAAAAUAGUUUACUGAUGUCAUCUGACUUUGCUGACACACACAAGUGCCAAAAAGCAGCAUGGAAAGACAUUUAUUUGUAUGAAAUUUGCAAGAUAUUUGAAUUGUUCUCCUGUUUACUUUUUAUGGUUAUUGAGUUGUGCAAUCAGGUCUGUAGUGACCAUUGUGACUGAACCUUAAGCUCAAAAGGCCAAGACUGUGCUGCCAAACAUGUAUUGCUGUAAUGUUUUAACACUUACAUCUGCAAAUAUUUAGUGUGGAUCCUUUAUGACAGUGUGGCAUUUUACAUUUUCUGUUAUUUAUUACUAGUACCAGCAACACUGUUUAAGAAAAAAAGUGUCUUUACAUGACUUCAACAGACAGUGUUUUGUGGCUUUAUGGGAAAAUUCUCAUACUAACGUUUUUUUAUUUUGCAAUUAUUAGGUUUGACGCUAUUCAGAGGUGUUAAGCCUUCAUUAUUUGACAUAAAUGUUGUAUUUUUAAAAGAUUCCUGGUUAAAUAUUUUGUAAUCUAUUAAACCAGGAGUUGUUUUUUUUUUAUUUUAAUGAAUGACAUAUGUGAAGCGAUAGAGACCAUAAAUACCUAAUGAUUCCUGACUUAAGAUUUGUUAAAAUAUGUACAUUUCCCUUCUGCUUCCACCGUAUUUCAGUGUUGUGUUAAAUAUUUUCUUCCCUUAUUUUAUGUUUGUAUGGAGUGCCAGUAUUAACAUUUGUUACAUUACAGUAUCACUGAUGCUCGAAAAGAAGGAAAUGCAGCUCAUAACCAGGUAUUUGACAUCAAUAACAGUUUCAUCAAGAAUUUUGGUUUUCCUUCCACCUUGUCUUUUUUUUAUCAACAGACAUAGAGCACAAUAUGGUAAUAUUGCCAAUUAUACAUGUUGAUAUGAGAUUACACAAAGGAGUCACUGUGGCUUGUCAACACUAGCCAGCCAUCAAGCUAUUAUCUUGCAAUACACCCUUUUUCCCUUGUCCUCCAGAGGGUCCACACAUUUGGAUAAAAAAUGUUUGUACAGCAGGUGUGUGAUUUUGAUGUUGAAUAAAACCAAGUAUU